CCGCCCCCAGUCCCUCCCGCGCAUGCACAGAGUCGCUGCGUACGGUGGCCGAGCAGGGACAGGCCGAGCCAAGAUGGCGGCGGCGGCGGCCGGCGCCUCUUCCUCCGCGUCGGGGAGCAACGGGGCCGGCGGGAUGGAGGUGGACGUGGCAGCCGCCCCCUCGGUGAUGGCCGGGGGGGUGACGGGCAGCGUCUCGGUGGCCCUGCACCCCCUCGUCAUCCUCAACAUCUCCGACCACUGGAUCCGCAUGCGCUCGCAGGAGGGGCGCCCCGGACAAGUGAUCGGGGCCCUCAUUGGGCGGCAGGAGGGCCGCAACAUCGAGGUGAUGAAUUCCUUCGAGCUGCUCUCGCACACAGUGGACGGGCACGUCCUCAUCGACAAGGAGUACUACUACACCAAGGAGGAGCAGUUCAAGCAGGUAUUCAAGGAGCUGGAGUUCCUGGGCUGGUACACGACCGGGGGCCCCCCCGACCCCUCUGACAUCCACGUCCACAAGCAGGUUUGUGAGAUCAUCGAGAGCCCCCUCUUCCUCAAGCUGAACCCCAUGACAAAGCAUACGGAUCUGCCCGUAAGCGUCUUUGAGUCCGUCAUUGACAUCAUCAAUGGGGAGGCCACGAUGCUCUUUGCAGAGCUGACGUACACCCUGGCCACCGAGGAGGCAGAGCGGAUCGGGGUCGACCACGUUGCCCGAAUGACAGCGACCGGCAGCGGGGAGAACUCCACAGUGGCUGAGCACCUCAUCGCCCAGCACAGUGCCAUCAAGAUGCUGCACAGCCGGGUCAAGCUGAUCCUGGAGUACGUGCGGGCCUCCGAGGCUGGCGAGGUGCCCUUCAACCACGAGAUCCUGCGCGAAGCCUAUGCCCUGUGUCACUGCCUGCCCGUUCUCAGCACUGACAAGUUCAAGACCGACUUCUAUGACCAAUGCAAUGACGUGGGGCUGAUGGCGUACCUGGGCACCAUCACAAAAACCUGCAACACCAUGAACCAGUUCGUCAAUAAGUUCAACAUCCUCUACGACCGGCAGGGCAUCGGCCGCCGCAUGCGGGGACUCUUCUUCUAAGGGGGGGGAAUGCGACACUGAGGACACCCCCAGCCAGGCCCUGAGCCGCCCCCAGGGCUGGGGGACCCUACCCCAGGACUGUGCCCCCCCUCCUGGAGGCCUCCCCCAAUAAAUCAGCUCUAGGCUGGGAA